UAUCUAUUCCUCGUCGGAGGUUUCGCUGAGUCACAGAUACUUCAGUCUCACAUCAGAAACGCGUUCACAUCACGACUCAAAUUAAUUAUCCCUCAGUCGCCGAAUCUGGCGAUACUUCGCGGCGCCGUUAUGUACGGACUCGACCCGACUGUCAUCAGCUGUAGACGAGCCAAACUCACGUAUGGGGUCGGAGUCCUCAACCGAUUCAUUCGCGGUAAACAUCCGUUGCAUAAGUUGGCCGUCAAAGACAACAUCGAGUGGUGCGCCGAUGUCUUUGACAGAUUUGUUGCGUGCGAUCAGUCAAUCGGCUUAUAUGAGUCCAUCACUAGGAGUUACACUCCGGUCAAUGAGAGCCAGAGCUGUAGUAUUAUUCAUAUCUAUUGCAGCGAAAGGGAUGACGUCGAGUACAUCACCGAUUCGGAUGUCCACCGAUGCGGUACUCUAUAUCUCGAUUUGGAUCACAUCCCAGAGUCUAAUCAUAUUAACCCAGCGCUCAAAGCGAUCAUUAAAAGGGAAAUACAAACGCAAAUGAUUUUCGGAGACACAGAGAUAAAGGUUUGUGCGUUGGAUGUGUUGACCGGAAAGAAUAGCGCUAAACAUAUGGCCCGCCACGGGAUCCGAAUCCUAUCCGCACCCGUCUUACCAUCGAUCACACCCUCAAUUAAUACAUUAGUUGUGAAUUCAAAUGAAUGGGAAUCCAAAGGCAUUUACCCGAAGAAAGAGCACUCACUCGUCAAACCAUAUCAGGGGACUGGUAUGACAAUCCCUUCGUGGGACUUCUUCGGCAGCACAAUGGUUACGACCAGUUUUAUUCGCAUUACUCCCGACCAACAGUCCAGAGUUGGCGGCCUUUGGAACAAAAUACCGUUUGACUUUCGUAAUUGGGAAGUGCAGAUCCAGUUCAAAGUGAGCGGACACGGCAAAGACCUGUACGGCGAUGGGAUGGCCUUUUGGUACAUCAGAGACCCUCUCAGACCCGGCAACAUUUUCGGAAAUUCUGACUUUUUUGUCGGUUUGGGAAUAUUUUUGGACACUUAUGCCAAUCAGAACGGUAUUCACAGUCACGGCCACCCAUACAUCUCAGCGAUGGUGAACAACGGGACCAAUCAUUACGAUCACGACAGGGAUGGCACUCAUUCAGAAUUGGCCGGAUGUGAGUCUAAGUUCAGAGGCAUAGAUCAC